UUGUCUCGGCUUUGUGUGCGUGUCUAUCUGUGCGCGUGUGUGUAUGUCUGUCUGUGUAUCUAUGCGCGUGUGUCUGUUUGUAUCUUGUGUGUAUCCAUCUGUGCACGUGUGUAUCUGUUGCGUGUGGGGUGAGCGGUGUUGUUGGGGUUUUAGCGCGCCACGAACCCCCCUCCCCCCGGCUAUCCCAGUUCGAUUCGAGCUCACGACCACCACAGUCGCCACGGUGGCGAAUAUUUGAACCUCUCUGCCUGCCCGCCUUAAAUCAGUACAGCGCUCCCCGGUUAUAACGCCAUUCGGAUACACAGCGGAUCCGGAUAUACGGCGGAUUCGGAUACACGGCUGAUUCGGAUACACGGCGGAUUCGGAUACACGGCUGAUUCGGAUACACGGCUGAUUCGGAUUUACGGCUGAUUCGGAUUUACGGCUGAUUCGGAUUUACGGCUGAUUCGGAUUUACGGCUGAUUCGGAUUUACGGCGGAUUCGGAUACACGGCUGAUUCGGAUACACGGCGGAUUCGGAUACACGGCGGGCCUCUCCCCGCGUCCCCCACCUACGUCCCCACAGUGGUCUCGCCCAGCGAGGAAUCUUCCCAUUCCCCUCCCCGCUCACUCUACAAUAAUAGUCCGAGGUGUUCCUUGGCUCUAGUGAAGUUGUCAGUGGCGUCCUGUUGUUAUUAUUAUUAUCCGAUGACUGUGCGAGCUUCGCAGACGGUACCAUUUGUGCUUUGUUGUAUGAUUCGAUGUGUUUGUGGGUAAUGGCGAACGUGAAUAGGAGAAAGUCGUACACCAUUAAGGAAAAACUCGCGAUUAUUGAACGGGUAAAGAGCGGGGUUUCAAAGGCGCACAUUAAUAGGGAGCUGGGUAUUCCGGAGGGCACGAUACGCGGAUGGAUAGCAGAGGAAGGAAGGCUACGUUGGUUCCUGGACAAGUUGGACGAAGCUCCUGGACUGCAAAGGAAGAAGACGAGGCUCAGCAGGAACGAGAUAGUGGACGACUGUUUGUAUGCGUGGUUUGUUCACAAGCGCAGCUUGGGUUCGCCGGUGUCGGGACCCGCACUGAAGAUGCAAGCCGAGACCUUUUUCUGCGACCUCAAACUAGAAGGCAAAUUCCGUGCCAGCGACGGGUGGCUUUGGCGCUGGAAAAAACGCCAUGGGAUCGGGGAAAUAACGCUCGCCGAAGGACGUCGCCAAGAGUCGGAGGAUCAAGAUGUGGAGCCUGCCGAUCUGCCGACUGCUCGGGAAGCACUGAACGCCUUAAGAACUGUGAUGACGUGGCUCAAGGCACAGAAGGAUGUUGAGCCAGUGAAGCUUUUGCAGUUAGCGUCUCUGAGAGAAAUUAUCUUGCAGAAACAAUUGUCUGGGGCAGUCAUGAAGCACAAGGACGAAGGGAGUCUGGGCACUGAGAUAAUGAAGAUUUUGGUGAAAUCUGAAGUAGAGGAAGACGACGGCUUUGGCAGUCAUUCACCGCCAUCCACUGUGCAAACUGGACUCAUUGGGGAACGUGCUGACCACUGGGCUGUCUCCACUGCAGGAGUUCUGGAUCUGAAGAUUGUUAAAGUUGAAGGAGCAAGUGAGACCCCAGAGGAUGCAAGAGAUUCCAAUGUUUGCCUGGCCACUCCAGACCAGAACUUUAUCAAGACGGAGUUAUUGGAGGAGGUAAUUGGUGAAGGUGAUGCAGACAAAGACACGGACAUCCUGUGCGAGGAGUGCGGGCUUGGCAGAUGCUUCACAGCUGAAGUGGACGAAGCAAAAUGCGGCGGCCAGGCUCCACGCGCCUGUACGCAAUGCGGGAAGACACUUGAAGGCACUGCAUUGAGCAUGACAGGUGCCAGUGAUGGGAGGAAACACAGGUGUGAGGAGUGUGGCAAGGGGUUUUCAUAUCACUGUGAAUUAAAGCGGCACGUGAGAACGCACACGGGAGAAAAGCCGCACGUGUGCAACGAGUGCGGGGUGGGCUUUUCACAGCAUUCUGAUUUAAAGAAGCACUCUAGGACGCAUACCGGUGAAAGACCGUACUUUUGUAAAGAGUGCGGGAAGAGCUUUUCACAGCAAUCCGAUUUAAAGACGCAUUCGAGAAUACACAGCGGUGAGAGGCCACACGAGUGCAAGGAUUGCGGGAAGAGAUUUUCGCGACGGUACACUUUAGAGACGCACUGCAGGAUACACACUGGUGAAAAACCUUACGUGUGCAGUGUUUGCGGCAAGGGCUUUUCACAGCUGUCCGAUUUAAAGAAGCAUUCCAGAACACACACGGGCGAGAAGCCGCACGCGUGCCAGGAGUGCGGCAAGGAGUUUUCUCAGCAGUCCGAUUUAAAUAAACACUCUAGAACGCACACGGGCGAGAAGCCGCACGCGUGUAAUGUGUGUGGAAAGGGCUUUUCGCAGCAAUCCGAUUUAAAUAAACAUUUUAGAAUACACACGGGUGAAAAGCCACACGUAUGCACGGAGUGUGGGAAAGGGUUUUCACAGCAUUCAUAUUUAAAAAAGCACCGUGUAAUACACACGGGCGAGGCGCUACCCAUGUGCACAGAUUUUGGCGAGGAGCUUUCACAGAGUGACGUUUUAUAAGAGUCGUUCGAGAGCACAAUGCACGUGUAAUGUUUUAAUUCAUUGUUGAUUUAAAUUGAAAUAAACUCACUGCUGGAUGCUUUC